AAUGCCUGAUGAGGCGAAGAGGAACUCUAAACUCGUCUCUGAUCGACUAGAUAAUUCUUUGUACUUUUAUCGUUCAUAAGAACUUAAGACAUAAGUCUUUUUUUUCAAAUAAACGAUUAGAUCUCGAUUUGUGUUAGCGAGGCUACCAUGGAUAUACCUGUCUGGUUAGGGAACCACCUCACGUUAUGUGUUACGUAAGAGUCAAUCCUAUCCGCAUUACGGAAUAUCUUUUCUUCGCAAUUUUUGGACAAAAGAAUACCGACGAUUUCUCGAUUUCGGCGAGGCAUAAGUUGCAACCAAAAUGGACGAUAUAUUUAUUUAAGAUAUCAUUCUCUCUCUACAUGCUUGUCACCGUUAUCAUCUUGAUCAAUCUUCUAAUUGCUAUGAUGAGUGACACUUAUCAAAGUAUCCAGUCGCAAAGUGAUAUAGAGUGGAAAUACGGGCUCAGUAAACUUAUACGUAAAAUGCAAAAAACACGAACUGCUCCCUCGCCGUUAAAUCUGUUUACCACGUGGAUAAUAUAUCUUAUAAAGAUGUGUAAGAAGAAAACAAAUAAAAAAAAGAAAAUGAAUGUAAUGCAUGGUUUUAUGACGAAACAUACACUUCCGAAAAGUUCAUUCUCUCGAGAUAAUAAAAUACUUUCAUUGGAUCGCAACAAGGUCAACGAUGGUUUCGCUCUACUACGUUCGAGUCCUUUUCAAAGCCAAUCAUCAUUAAUUCAAGCGUCAAAAAUAGAAAAUGUCGUCGAAUGGGACAUAGUUCGUCGGAAAUAUAGAAUGCGUUUUGGAGAUGAGAUAGAGAAACCGUCGGGAGAGGAUCACAUCGUCAAUGGAACGAUAUAAAUGAUCUUAAUUGUUUCGCAACAAGUAUUAAUUUCCAGUCAGUCUUAUACCACAAAUAUAGUCAUAUUUCUUAAAUAUAUACAUUUGUACCACCUUAUAGAUACGAGAAUAUAUUGAGAGUGAUAUAAAAAUCAUACUUGACGUUCUACUUUUAUAUCUCAUUUUUUCCAAAUGGUGGUUGUGCAUUAGUUUCCAAGAAAAAUGAACCACGAGCAUUCCGAUUAACGUUUUCACCCAUGAACACCAUAGUAGAGUUAUCUCUGCACUUGCCUGCUUUAAAUUCUAUCCAACUAUUGCAUUGAACAGCACUAAAACUUAAUGGAUUGAUAAUAGAUUCGCCCAUAAAAUCGUGAGCUCUAGCAUGACUGCAGUAUUCUGAUAACAAUAAAAACAAGAAAAGUUUACGCUUAUAAAAAAAGAAAAAAAAAAAAAGAAAAAAAACAUUAAUAAUUUAAAAUCACUUACGAGCUGAGAAGACAGGACAUCCAGGCUGCCUGAAUGUUCCUCCGUUUGGAUAGAAAUCAACAUGACCAAUUGAUCUGAUGAAGCCAAGUGUUCCUGCGCAAGUGUGUAUGAUAUCCACAAAUUUGGCAUCUCUAGAAUCUAAACGAAUUCUUAAAUCGUUCAAACUCGAAGAUUCGAAACCUGGUCGAGCUGGAUCCAUGCCAGUUAUUCUUCCAAUUGUUCCGGAUACUUUCAUCCCAGCAAAUCCAGCAACAUGAGCUCCUAAACUAUGUCCUAGUAUGUGUACAUCGUCCAGCGAGAGGCCAGUUUGUGAGACAAGAAAAUCCAACAUUUCUGCUAUAUAUUUGCCGAUCUAUAAGCAUGAUAUAUCCAUCCAGAAUUUUAGAAAUUAACAAUUUAUUUUUUCUAUAAAUCGAUUCAUUUCAUACAAACCUGGCGAGUUAGUUUCGCGGCGAUCCCAUACUCUUUCAACGAUGCAGGGAACCAGUUGAUGCUAAUAACAUUAUAAUUACCCACUGUUAGAUAAUUUUGUCGAAAAUCUUGCAGCCAAUAUGUGUUUGCACUAUCUGUCCAUCCAUGAAUGAGUAUCUUUGUAGGAUUUUCAAAUUCAAAUGGAGAUUCUUUUAGACCUGUUAUAUCAUUCACCUUCAAAAAAUAUCCUUGAACAGGAUUAUUUUUUGUAUAGAGCUUGAAUGUAACAUCUUCGGAUAUCAAAUUCGGAUCGAAAAUAUUAUUUAUAACCGAUCGGUCAUCUUGAAUUGUUCCCAUUGGAUUAACAAGAGCAUCUAAAAGUACUUCUCCUAAAAAAAAUCUUUGCGAUUUAUCCGCCGUUAAAUUGCGUUGCAUAUCAUUGGUAAAACUUUUAGAUAAAUCUGUAAAUAUAACAGAUUAACUUUACUAUCAAUUUCAUCAACUAAAAACUUUAGAUACUAUAUUAAAAGAGGACUGUAAAAUAUUUACUUAGAAGAGUUAAUAAGAACACAAACCAAGCUAUGAACGUCAUGAUUGCAUUUGCUUAGACCAACAGUAGGUACCAUUAUUUAUGUAUUCGAAUCUUAUGUAACAAUACAAUUUUCUAUUCUCAUAAAUUUUGUUGAGUAAAAUAAUAGGAUAAAAUUGUUGCCUAACUAAUGGUUGUCAUCUAAUCAGUUCCGCUACAUUACAUUAUUUACGUUGAUUUAUCUAGAAUGAAUUUUCUUUUUGUUUAUUGGGCAAUAAAAAGAUAACAAUCAGAAAACAUGCAU